UUCUUCAAUCCUUUCGGUGUUGUGAUCCACGGUCACUGAGGAAGACAGGCUGAUUGAUCGGCCGAUGGAGGAGACGACCAAAGAAAGAAAAAUUGUAGUAAAAUCUUUCCGUUCGUAGAUUAAUCACCACUUCACUCCCCUCUAGAGAGCACCUGUUUCCAGUAGCAGCCGGGAAUUCGUGUGGUAUACUGGAUCGCAUCGAUGACAGGCUGGUCCGAUCUACCAGCCAAUCAAUCACGAUAAGCCGAUGCUCUCUACCUUUGGACCGACUGCCCAAAACUUUGGCCGUCUCCCUCGAUGCUGGGGACAAGUUUUGGGCUCCUGUCAGCACGUGGCCUACGCUAAAACAACAACAAGCGGGCCCUUAUUGAUUACACUCGGCCACAAAUCCACACUCCAAUAUCUGCUACUAUUCCAAUUUUGGCCGUCUUCAAACAAAACCUUACGGUCACCACCGCCAGACCGCGAGUCUUGCCCGCGACACCAAACGAUGCCGGGCACCAUCCAAGUCUCUGUGUUAGAGUUGAUGGACCUCCCUCCACCUCUUGCGCCAUGCCAAUUGGAAGACAAUUCCAGCUUCGUCUAUUUGAAGGUUGUGAUGGGAAAGAAAGAGUACCAGAGCGUGGGCGGAGGGGACUUCUCAUUCCCAGUGACUUCUUUGCACGAGAAUCUGAUCUUGAUGCUGCACGACAUGGAGGGGAAUUUAAUAUCCCGGACAGAGUUCAAAACAAGGUCGGUGGUGGAAAAGGGAAUUUCGGAUGACGUGUUUCCCCUAGAGGGUGGUGGAAGUGUCCACAUGAAGCUGCAGUUUGUACUUAGUGAAGAAGAACGCCAAAGGAUUCGUGAAAUGAGGUACUCCGCACUAAAAAGGAAACGCAUGGAACUGCUCAAGGGUGGCUGUGAAAGUCAUGUUUCUGAACUUACUGCAGAAGGAGAUGGUAUCGGUCAGUUAAAGCAAAUAGAUCCAGAUGCCCCUGAUUUUGCUGGAGUAGACGUAGAAAGAAACAAGACACAAGCAACUUCUGGUGAUAUUAAAGAAAGGCAAUUGUCUUCAUGUGAGGGUUUGGAUCCUCAUAUAGGAUGCUUAGGAUCCCCAAUAUCAGGAAAUGUUACGAAAGAUGACAUUUCUGUUUCUGCUGAAUCGGAUGAUCACAUUUAUAGCCUGAAGAGGAAGAAUUUGCGGGAGAGAGGUUCGAGUAGCAGUGUUAGGAAAAUGAUAAGUGCCUUUGAAAAUAGUCUAUUUAAGGGAACAAGACAUCGUGUUGACCAAGGAACAACGUCACAGCUAAGCAAGAUUGAGAGUGGAGGUUCUUUGAAGAGGACAUCUUCAGAACAAAGUGAUAUAAGAAAGUUAAAAUUUCCCCAAACCAUGGCAAAGUCCUUUUCUGCAGAGAUGCUCUCUGAGAUGGAUCGCAAUCCAAUGGUUAUCAGAUCAUCCUUUGUAAAGAAACAAGGAGUGCAGCACUUAAAUAAUGCCACCAGGCAGGAAAUGAUUGGAAAUAACAGUCUUUUCCGGAACUUCACAACAAACCAGAAUUUGAAAAGCCUCAAACCUGUUAAACAGAAGUCUGUUGGAGGAGCAAAUGAUGAGAGCUCUUCUUUGGAAUCUCUACAUACUGCACAGCCACAUAAUUCUGGAAACAUAGAUACUGUUUUAGAACCUGUCAAGACUGCAAAUUUUGUUAGCUUUGGUGACUCUGCAGAACAUAUCGGGAAGAGAAAAGAGCCCAUUUCUGUUAAGAAGAAAAUAAACAUGGAUUCUUUUCCAAAGGAGUGUCAUAGUCUGAUUGCCUGCACGGUACAGAAAAGUCCAGGUGAAAGGUCCUCAAUUUAUAAUGGUGAAAAACUGAAGGCUUUGGAUUCCAAACAGAAACCUUUUGAGACUGAACAGAGGGCCAGCCUGGGUGGAUCUGUUGGAAAUGUCACUGAAAGAGAAGAUUAUCUUGCUAGUGAAAUUGGGAGAAGCCCUUCGAUCAUAUCCAAACAUAGAAAGUCUAGUGCAUUUCAGGAAAAACCAAAGGUAAAUAUUUUUCUGAAGGAAGCUCCUAGUUUGGAUGCACAUACUGCAUCUAAAACUUCUGGUGAAAUGUCCUCUUUUCAUGGUGGUGCAGAGCUGGAGGCUUUAGGUACUAGAAACCAUACUACAGAUGAGAGAAACCCACGAGAAGAAAAAACAAAUGAUGAUGGUGGAAUAACCAAACAGAAUGUUAGUGACUAUUUUCGUCCAUAUGAUGAAUUAGACUUUUUGCAUAAAACUGAUGUGUCUCGAGAUACAGAUGAGCCUUCUAGUCUGUGCACAUACAACCGAGGAAGUGCUCUCAAUGCACUUGCAAAUGAGAGUGACUGGACAUGUUAUAUAAGUCAUAUGGAGGAGCAAAUUAUUCCUGGAAACUCAAAUGAAUUGCUGGAACUCUUAUCUUCUUAUAGAGAAAAAUGUUUCUUUGGAAAAGUUGGUGUCUGGGAGCCACAUCAUUUGUGCAUUACCACUGGCAGUAAACAGUUGAGGAAUCUUGUUGAGUCCUGUAGUUUAUGCCUAGGAACACUGCCCUCAGAGAAAAACCCGUUCACAGUGGAAGCUAAUAAAAAGCAAAAGAUGCACCGUGAAGUGACUAGAAAUAAGAAGUUUUCAGGUAGUUCUGAAAAAUUCAACCAUGAAAAUAAAGUGAGCAAUUCAAAUUUUAAGGGGAUGUUGAUCGAACAGCCUGCAGAUUCCUUCAUGAAGUCCCCAACAAGGAUGUCCAACAUCAUUUCAUAUUGGAGUACGAGUUAUCAUUGUAAUAGUCGCAUGUGCGACACUUCUUCUCAAUACCAGAUAAAGAAAGCCCAGGUCUGUAUAUAACUGUUACAGCUUUAAGUCCAACAUACUUUCAUCUAACAGCAUGUGGCACUAUGUCAAAGUUCUUUCUUGCAUAAUGAUUAGGCAAUGCUAACUCCAAAAGCAAGCAAAGGGGCAGUUAUGGUGCUGAAAGACAGGUACUUCUAAUUCUCAUCUUACAUCUAGGCAAUAGCCAAUGGAAAGAGCAUACAAACUGGUGUGAGAUUCUUGCUGUAUUUCAGAUAAUAAAUGUCAGAAGUUCAGUCUAUAUGAAUCUCCUCUCUAGCAAAUUCUUCAGUCAUCAGUCAGGGACCCAUAACUGAAGUUUCGGAAAUCAACUAUACCAAGUUUAUAGAGCUUGGUUCUGGGUUGGUUUAGCCAUCUCAUUUUUUCAUGUGAAGUUCUCUUUGCUAAUGGGAAUGGAGAUGUGGUCAUAAAGACCUCUUAAUUGUUGAUGGAUUAUAUAAGAUGACUUCAGAUCUGAGAUUAAGGUGAAGGAACCAUAUAUCAAAGGGGUUUGGAUCAAGAAUCUAUUGAUGUCCAUGACUUGGCUUCUGGACCUGAUGAUCUUCGUGUGACGAAAUAAAAGCUAGCAACAGCAAAACCAUUCCAAGGUCUAUAUAAUCUUUUGUUUUUCCUUCUUUUUUGUCUCUUUUUUGUCCACAUGUGCGGAACUCUGAGCUGCUUGUGAAUAGCACUGUAUAUAAUGUGUAGUAACUGUUGCCAUGACCCAACUGUAUGAGUUCAGAAAGAAACAUAAAGAGACCUGUUUUUACAAGC